CCCAGCUCCAAAAACUAGCUUUUCCCUAUGCCACCCGACAAUGCGAGCGCCAUUUGCUGUCUAUAAAACCCCAAGCUCGCGGGACAACCACUGAUCAGUGAUCUCGCUCGAACGUCAUGGCUGCCGUCUGCGACGAUUCCGGGCUUGGAGAGUACACCAAGGACAGCACCGUCGACCUCAAAGGCAACCCCGUCCUCCGGUCUAAAAGAGGCGGGUGGACCGCCUGCUCCUUCGUCGUCGUAUACGAGGUGUUCGAGCGCAUGGCGUACUACGGCAUCUCCUCCAACCUCAUACUGUACCUGACAAAUAAGCUUCACCAGGGCACCGUCACGGCCUCCAACAACGUCACCAACUGGGUCGGCACCGUCUGGCUGACGCCGAUCGCCGGCGCCUACGUCGCCGACGCGCACCUCGGCCGCUACUGGACCUUCAUCAUCGCCUCCGUCAUCUACCUCUCGGGGAUGGGUCUACUGACCCUGUCGGUGUCGCUGCCGUCGCUCAAACCGCCGCCGUGCGGCCCCAACACCGCCGACCCUUCCUGCUCCACCAAGGUCUCUCCGUUGCACGUCAGAGUCUUCUUCUGCGCGCUCUACAUCCUCGCCGUCGGCGCCGGCGGCACCAAGCCCAACAUCUCCACCAUCGGCGCCGACCAGUUCGACGAGUUCCAUCCUCGCGAGCGCGCGCACAAGCUUUCCUUCUUCAACUGGUGGAUGUUCAGUAUCUUCUUGGGCACCCUCUUCGCCAAUACCUUCCUCGUCUACAUCCAGGACAACGUCGGAUGGAUCCUCGGCUACGCCCUCCCCACCCUCGGCCUUGCUAUCUCCAUCUCUGUCUUCGUCGCCGGUACUCCCUUCUACCGCCACAGGAUCCUCGCCGGAAGCCCCUUGAUCAAGAUGGCCAGGGUUAUCGUGGCCGCCGCCCGGAAAUGUACCAUGCGGUUGCCUAGCGACCCCAAGGAGCUGCACGAGCUCGAUCUCGACGCUUAUGCCGAGCCUGGAAAAUACCGCAUCGAUUCCACACCAACUUGGAGGGUUUUGAACAAAGCAGCAGUGAAGACGGGUCCGACGAAUCCCUGGGCGCUCUCCACGGUGACGCAAGUGGAGGAGACGAAGCAAAUGCUGAUGAUGAUCCCAAUCCUCAUCACCGCGUUCAUCCCCAGCAUAAUGUUCGCUCAGACCAACACACUGUUCGUGAAGCAGGGCACCACCCUGGACCGCCACAUCGGCCCCAACUUCAAAAUCCCUCCGGCGAGCCUCGCCGCCUUCUCCACCCUCUCCAUGCUCGUCAGCAUCGUCCUCUACGACCGCUACUUCGUCCCCUUCAUGCGCCGGUUCACCGGGAACCCCCGCGGCAUCUCUCUGCUACAGCGCAUGGGCACCGGGAUGGCGAUCCACAUCGUGAUCAUGUCGGUGGCGUCGCUGACGGAGAGGCGGCGGUUGGCCGUGGCGCGGGAGCACGGGCUGGUGGAGAGUGGUGCGGGGGUCCCGCUUACCAUCUUCAUCCUGCUGCCUCAGUUCGUGCUGAUGGGCGUGGCGGACGCGUUCCUGGAUGUGGCCAAGAUCGAGUUCUUCUACGACCAGGCGCCAGAGGGGAUGAAGAGCCUGGGCGCGUCCUACGCCAUGACCAGCCUUGGCGUCGGCAACUUCCUCAGUAGCUUCCUGCUCUCCACCGUGGAGCGCAUCACGCGGCAGCAUGGCCAUGGGUGGAUACUCAACAAUUUGAACGCGUCGCACCUGGAUUACUAUUACGCCUUCUUCGCCGUGCUCAAUUGCCUCAACUUCGCCUCGUUUUACGUGGUGAGCAGGUACUACGUUUACAGAGCAGAGACGACGCAUCAAGGGCUCGUUGAUGAUUGAUUAUGAAUGAGGGAGUUUUACUUUUACACAUAUAGCCGCCGUUGCCGUUGGAAGAAGAUUCCGAGUUCCUUCUCGAACUAUAAAAGUGUUAAUUACUUUAUCUAAAAUAUAAUAAAUGUACAUAUAUAAUUCCAAUGUGACACGAGUAUAUAAAUAAGUUAAA